GAACAAUAUGGACCGAAACAGUUGAAAAAUCCACGGACGCAGAAUAUGAUGAAUACGAUGAUUACGAGGGUGACACGGAUGAUUAUCUAGAUCCAAAUAGUUUAAGUUCUUCUUCAAACGGGUCCAUUCAAUUUGUAAAAGAAUUGAACAAUAUAACAAGAAGUAGCGGUAAAACUUUGAAGCUCAAGUGCGAAGUAAAAUUAGUUGACCUUAAUUCGACAAAUUCGAAAGUUAAUUUUACGUGGUACAGAAAUUCUGGUCACUUGCCAGAAGACUCUAGGAUUACUGUAAAAAACAUACAGAAACCCGAUGCUCACACUUUCAUAUCGAGAUUAAAGAUAACAAAUUUAGACUAUUUUGAUAGGGGCAUUUACGAUUGCGUGGCCAGUAAUGGCGCCGACAAAAUUAGAACUCAGGCAUUCUUAGAAAUAAACAGAGACAAUAUAGGUCCCGUCCCCGAAAAAGUACCUGCAUAUAAAACCACUUUUGAUGAUAGCGUUAUCAGGGAAAACAGCGAGAUCGACAUGACAGAAACGACAUUCUUCCCGGGCACUGACAGAAGGGGCAGGGAUGAGCUCAUAACCGCGAUAACCAAACCCCUUUUGCCAACCCUUAGCGAGCAAACGGUCGGCAACCCUGCACUUUUCGAUCAAAAUGGGACGUCAAAAUCGGUUGCGGAAAAAACGUAUUACAACAGCAGCGAACCGUUUUGUCAAUUAUAUGUUGGAAAGUCAUGCAAAAACUUCUUGGAAGGGAAGUACGUUUUCAUACAACCCCCUUACACUCAAAGAAACAUCGAAGAGAAACUUGAAAAUGCAUUUUUAGUGAUCAGGCAAUCAAAUGACAUUUCGUCAAGUUGCGAAAAAUUCGCGUUGCCCAGUUUAUGUUUUUCCGCGUUUCCCCUGUGCGUAGACGCAAACAGCGUCAACAAUUACCAAGAAAGUUUCAUCAACAAAUACAAAGUCCUAUCCGAAAAGAACAAGCAGUCGUUCAAAGAUUUGCGGAACCAGCUGGCAAUGUCCUUGCAGAGGAUUUGCAAAAAGGAUUGCGAACUCCUCGAGAACGAACUGUGCAGCAAGGAGUACGCCAUUGCGAAGAGGCAUCCCGUCAUUAGGCAGACUCUCGAAUUGGAAGAGUGCGAAUAUCUCCCGGAGGAGAACGAAAGGAAUUCCCUCUUCUGCUUGAGAUUGGGAGUAGAUCGCACUCAUAGCGUCAACGAAGACGACACUUGCUUUUGGGAUAACGGGGAACUGUAUAGGGGAGUACAGGAAGUCAGUGUAACCGGCAGCAAGUGUAUUAGAUGGUCCCAUCAGUUUCACAUCCCAUUGUCCGAACAUCCGGAGCUUUCUGGGCACAGUUUCUGCCGGAAUCCCGAUGGAAAGGAAAUGGAACCUUUCUGUUACAUUGACCAAAACAAAAAGGAACUUUGCGGAUUACCGAAAUGCGCCAGGAUAAUUGGAAUUUACAUAGCACUGACUGCUGUCAUCUUCCUGGUUUGCGUACUGGUGGUCCUCUUUAUUUUCUGCUACAAAAAAAGGAAAGCGAAAAAACCAAAUUUACAAAGCAUGAACAUUCCGUCCGCGGACAAAAACAUUUACGGGAAUGCAGGUCCAAAUUCUCCGAUGGAAAUGAACAGUCUUCUACCUCAAAGGGGAAAUUCGUUCCCUCCGGGCGUCUCCCUUCGGGGACAGGGGAUGCCCAAGCUCAGCUUCCAAAGUGUUCCCCAGUAUACGUACAAAGAGCUGUCGUUUGUCGAAGAAUUGGGUGAAGGAGCUUUUGGUAAGACAGUUUUUUUAUAAUUGUUUCUAGGUCACCAAUUAUUUAUUUAUUAGAAUGCCUUAAAUCCCCAAAAUCCCCGGAAAAGGUUAGAAGAACUCUCAUCAUCCUAUUUAUUAAAAAAUUUGGCAAAAUCGUUCCAAACCCAAGAACAAUGGGCACAUUUUAAAAUUCCUGAAAAAUAUUUUUAAUCCCAAAACAGUUGGGGACUUCUAAAUUUCCAAAAAAAUAGCAUCUCUUUCAUUUACUUCAAGUCCAACACGUUUUUGGUAAGUUCCAGAUCGACCAAUAGACCUUUACCUCGACACACAUCCCACCAAAGUCCCUUGGUAAUUAUAGAUCUUUGGGAACUGCAACUUCUCCAAAACAUAUUAUGUCUUAUCUUCUACAAAGGUCUUAAGAAGAUUUUGGGGGCUUUCAAAUUCUUUGUACUUGUUCCCCAUAAAUCUAAGGAGAUUUUGAGACAAACUUUAAAACACUAAGUACCGAGUAUUCCAAUCAAAAUCCAUGUAAAUGGGUCCAGUACACUUAGGGCUUUUAAAUUUCCAAAAAAUAGUAUCCCUUUCAUUUGCCACAAGUCCAAGACGUUUUUGGCGU